AAUUUGCUACAAUAUAUUGCCUCCAUUACUUCUCAUUUCCUUAACUUAAUCAAUGGCACAAACAAUUUCUCCAAGAUUAUAUGAAAAAACAUCUGUAAAAAACCAAAUAUAUAAAGCUUCAGAUAUUUGCAUCCUCUUCCUUAUGUGUUCUCUUCUUGUUUAUCGUUUUCUUACCCUAAAAAGCCAUGGAUUUGCUUGGUUUCUUGCUCUCUUAUGUGAGUCUUGGUUUACUUUUUUGUGGGUUCUCGUUGUCAGCUCCAAAUGGAACCCUGUCAAGUUCAUAACUUACCCGGAACGCCUUCCCCAACGGGCGGAAGAGCUUCUUCCGCGGGUGGAUAUGUUUGUGACGACUGCAGAUCCGGCGCUAGAACCGGCGAUAGUGACUAUGAAUACAGUAUUAUCUUUAUUAGCCGUUGAUUAUCCGGUGGAUAAAUUAGCAUGCUAUGUUUCAGACGACGGUUGUUCAUCUAUUACAUAUUAUUCUCUUGUCGAAACAUCAAAGUUUGCUAAAAUUUGGGUUCCAUUUUGUAAGAAAUAUAAUAUUCAAGUUAGAGCUCCCUUUAGAUACUUCACCAAUAAUGACUCGGUACACUUAUCUAGUCCCAAUUCAUUGGAGUUCCAACAAGAUUGGAGAAUCAUCAAGGAUGAGUACGAAAAGUUUAGCCGCAAAAUUAAAGAUGCAUCCCUAAAGUUUAUUCCAUUGGACAGUAAAACUGCUGAUUUUAAUAUUUUCUCCAAUAUUGACCGCAGAAAUCAUCCGACAAUUAUCAAGGUGAUAUGGGAGAAUAAGGAAAGUGUUUCUUCAGUUGGGUUACCUCAUUUAAUCUAUGUUUCAAGAGAAAAGAGACCAAAGUAUCCACAUCACUACAAAGCUGGUGCUAUGAAUGUGCUUACGAGAGUGUCAGGAUUGAUGACAAACGCGCCGUUGAUGUUAAAUGUAGACUGCGACAUGUAUGCCAAUGAUCCACAGAUAGUUCGUCAUGCACUGUGUUUCUUGCUAGGCUCUGAAUCGUUUGCAUUUGUACAGUUUCCACAAAUGUUCUAUGAUGAACUCAAGGAUGAUCCUUUUGGAAAUAGUUUAUUUGUUUUGUAUGAGUACAUGGGGCGUGGAAUAGCAGGAGUGCAAGGACCAUUCUAUGGAGGAACUGGAUGUUUUCACAGAAGAAAAGUAAUUUAUGGUUUGAGUCCUCCAGAUUUAGAAAAUCAACCCAAAAAUCUCACUCCAGUUUGUGGUAAUCUAGCAGACGUGGAACUGGUAAAGCUAUUUGGGAAAUCAAUGGAGUUUAAAACAUCAGCAGCUGAAGCAUUAGAAGAAAAAGAUAGAGGUAUGCCCUCAAACUUUAAUUUGGUGGAGGCUGCAAAUGAAGUUGCUGGCUGUGGCUAUGAGUACGGUACUGCAUGGGGAGCAGAGAUUGGUUGGCGAUAUGGAUCCACAACAGAAGAUGUCCUGACAGGUCUUAACAUUCAUUCAAAAGGUUGGAAAUCUGCAUUUUGCACUCCACAAACUCCAGCUUUUCUUGGCUGUUCGCCAUCAACCGGACCAUCGUCAAUGACCCAACAAAAACGAUGGGCAACCGGUUUACUCGAAAUCCUGGUCAGCAAAAACAACCCAAUUAUCUCAGCCGUCACCGCCAAACUGCAACUCCGGCAAUGUUUGGCCUAUUUGUGGAUCCUCCUCUGGGGUUUACGUUCCAUUCCUGAACUCUGCUAUAUGCUUUUACCUGCUUAUUGUCUCGUCUCUAACUCCAAUUUCUUGCCCAAAUUCAACGAGCCGCCCAUUUAUGGCUACUUAGCUCUCGUAAUUAUAUACUGUUUAUACACCAUUUUGCAGUAUCUUCAAAACGGAAUGUCGGUUCUUUCGUGGUGGAAUAAACUUAGGAUGUCGAGGAUAAUCAGUGUAAGUUCAUGGUUGUUUGGAGUUUUAAGUGUCGUGUUGAAGAUUCUUGGCUUGUCAGAGACUGUUUUCGAAGUUACUCAGAAAGAUCAGGCUACUGAUGAUGAUGCUAGUGAUGAUGUUGGUAGGUUUACAUUUGAUGGGUCGCCCAUUUUUGUGCCUGCAACUACAGUUUUGUUUGUAGAGUUGAGUGCGCUAGGUUUGGGUUUGUGCGGUGGUGGCGCUAGGGUUUUGGGGUCACAGGUUGGCGAGAUUUUGUGUAGUGUGAUUGUGGUGAUAUUUUUAUGGCCAUUUUUUAAGGGGUUGUUUGGAAAAGGAAAAUAUGGUAUUCCGUUGCCAACAAUUUGUAAAUCAGCUGUUUUAGCUUUGUGUUUUGUGCAUUUCUGUAAGUGAGUUUCUAGGGUUUAAGACUUUAGAGGCUUUAUUAUUCAUAAACGAAAGACUUUGUUUAGUGAUGGAGUCGGUCCUUUCGACGGGUUAACCUGCAAAAUAAAGGUUAGAGUGUUGAGAGGAUA